AUGGAAGAGGAGCGCCACUUCAACAACUGCGAUCUUGGUGUUGUCAAGUGCAUGGGAAGUCUCCACCGCCUAUCGCCUCCACGGCAAGCGGAUAUCCCCUUCGCUGCACUUCUGCCUCCGCAGACGCAAACACAGAAGGAGAAGACUAUGAUGCCAGCACCAGCCCCGGAGCCUGCCAAGAAGCCGGAUGCAGAUGCCGGGUGGCGCUUCCCAGACGUGUGCACCGGAAGCAGGCAAGAUGGCGACGAGCUCCUCAAGGACCUACUAGCCGCACACCCUCCCCUUCCUCUACCUUCACCAAGAUCGCCACCACCUCUACCACCCCAACAACAGCAGCAGCUGGUGGUGACAGCUAUGGACGUGCCACCACCCCAGGUGCGCACCGCUCUGCCUUCCACUCUGACGAGGGUGCUGCCGAGCGUGUGGCCGGUGCUCGGUGGCUUGCCAAACCCUAAGAGAAGGAGGAACCAGAUGAAGAAGGUGGUCCGCCACGUUCCGGCGGACGGCUCAUCAUCGGACGUGUGGGCAUGGCGCAAGUACGGCCAGAAGCCUAUCAAGGGCUCUCCCUACCCAAGGGGAUACUACCGGUGCAGCAGCAUCAAGGGGUGCACGGCACGAAAGCAGGUGGAGCGUAGCCACUUGGAUCCCAACACCUUCAUCCUCACCUACAUCAGCGAGCAUAACCACGCGAUGCCCACCCACAGCAACUCGCUUGCUAGGACCACCCUCCACAUGUUCCCCUCCUCGGCAGCACCAUUGCCGCCGCCAUCUGUGGUUGUGGGUGGCGCCGACACCAGUAACAUGCAACACCAUCAGCCAAUCCCCAGCCUGACAACCAUGUCGACUGCAGGGCUCUCUCCCAUGAUGCCGCUAUGCAUGCCAUCCAUGGAGCAGGACGAUGAUGAGGACAAGGACGAGCUGAUGGUGGAGGACAUGGAGAUAGCUAGCGAGGACGAGCUGUUGUUCCUGAACACUGAUGGUGACUACAUAGCACCAUUAGAGCAAAUGUCCUCACUCUCCGAUAUGGUCGAUGAGUCCUUCCUGAGCUCCCCUUGGGUGUCAGCCUCCACCAUCGCCGAUCAGCCAGCCAAGGGGCAGCCGGUGUCGGGAGCUGACUUGUUGAAGAGACAAUGAUGUGUCGUCCUUGUAGAUGAAAGUAAUCAAAGGAAGAGAAAAGGAGAAUGGAGCAUUUGAUCCAGCAUCCUAAUCGAUCCAUCGUAGUGGCAUCAUGAUACUAGUAAUGCUUCUAGCAUCCGUAGUCAGUCCAGACCAGCAUAGAGCUUGUUCCAUAUUCAACAUUUUACCAAUUCCUCACUUAUCAGAACAACAUCAUCUUUUACUUUUGUUCUUUUUCCUGCUCUAUUUUAGGUAUGGUUGGGACUUUAUAUCUAUUUUCCUUAUGUGUCUAUUUUUUUGCAUUUGCAAAUAGAAAGUGGUAGAUGAUGAACCAACAAGGACUGCAAAAAUGAAAGAAAGGUGAAUGGUGUAUUUGGGUGUC